AUGGAAGACUUAAUCAACAAGUACUUCCAAUCAUACCAUUGGUAUAUCUGCCUCUUCAACGAGCACGCUUUUCGUCAGAUGGCCAAUAACGUGUUCCGAACAAGGUGCUGUUGGCAACGCAAGGACUUAAGCAAUGUCGUUACUGUUCUUACAGUGGCGUUAGUAGGUCUACGAGCCGGUUUGGCUGAUGCUUCGUGGUCGGCAUUGCCACAUUUUCGAUCACAAGAUAUUGACCCUGAAACGCUAUUGAGUAACAUCUCCUCUGAACUUCGGCACCAUAUCAUUGACAUCGUGGAGGACUCCAAACUCGAAGCAGUACAAGUCUGUCUUUUGUUAGCCACCUUUCAUGUCUAUCACGACUCUCCAAAUCUUGCGUGGACGAUAGCGACUAUGGGUGUUAGCGUCGCCUAUGCACUUGGCCUGCAGUAUCCAAGAAGUUCAAAAUCAGAUCCUGCACUCCAACAAAUACGAAGCAGGUGCUGGAAUCAUAUAAUGGUCGCAGAUACUUUCGGCUUAGUCGUGUACGGAAGGCCAGGUUUGAUCGAUCCCGCCACCUCUAGCGUCCAUGACCUUUUGGAAAUGGAAGACACAAUAUCAGAUCCCUUGAUCGUGAAUCAUGCCAUAUAUGGCAGAGGAAGCCAGCCAACAACAAUGACUUUCCAUGUGUUGAAAGCGAGGCUCUAUCGGAUCAUUCGCCAUGCUCUAGACAGGUUCAGAGUGCUCCAACAAAGUCAUCAAGCUUCCGGUCACAUCGAGUCGCUUAUACAGACAGCACAGGACGUCCAGGGCCUUCUCACGCAAUUCAGAUCGAAACUUCCUCCUCUCUUCGAAUGGGACAACUGGAAACACUCAGAUCCAUGGAAGUAUGCAGAGGACGGUAGCAGUCCUGACCACGGUGGCAAUCAAUGGAGGAAACUUUUGUUGCAGGCGACCAUGCUCCAAGUCCUCUACAACGGAGCCGUCAUUUUGGCUCAUCGGCCUCUCCUGGAGUAUAAGAUAUCUUUUUUGGGUCAAACGAAGCCCACACGCUUUGUGCUGGAGUCACUGCGUUCCUCUUUGGAUACCGCUGUCAGAGCAGCUCUUUUGAUAUCCCAAAUUCAGGUCAAACGACUGGAAGGACAAUUCUGUAUUUCCUUCUUCUUCAUGCACUUAUUCACUGCCGGGGUCAUUUUGAGCAUGGCACCCGCCAGUCAGCCGCUUAGUUCAAUGUCACAACAAGCCAAGGCUGGAAUUGUGAGAAUUCUUCGAGCCACGAAACAAGUAAGUGGCAAGAAUCGAAUUGCCCAACACACUGACAAAUUGUUGAGCGAGCUUUUGCAAAUCACUCUUCAUCGCGAGAUGGAAAAUGCACUGAAAGCCGAAUCAGCCGAUGUCCCCGACGAUGUAACGAAUGAAACACAGCAUUUCCACUCUGAAAAUGAUCUCCAAAUAUUGCCAUCGCACAAUAUUGCAAAUCGUCAACUGCAGGAUUUGAGCUCAACCAGUCCUACGCAAGACCAGCCAUCAUACUCUUCGGAGGUGUUUGACCUCUUAGACCCAGUAGGAUUAGGCACGCAAGGGGAAGUUCUUCUCGACACCAGAGCAAUGCCUUUUCAUACAUCAGCAUUUCCAGGAAACAUAUGGCCAUUCAGAGGGUUCGAGGAUGUGAAUGAGAGUUUUGGUGGCUUCCAAGAAAGUGAGUAA